AACCCCUCACCAAACCUCUUUUUUUUUUUUCCUUCCUCUUCUUGAUUUAAAACCCCCUCUCUGUCUCUCACAUAUACACUAAUUGCCUGAAUUAUCACUAUAACCAACACAAAGACAUGGUGAACCUGGUGGCAGCACAGAAGCCAUUACUUCAAGGGCUAAUGAAAAUGGCAGGAGUGAAGCCCCACGCAGUAGAGAUUGAGCCAGGGACAGUCAUGAACUUCUGGGUUCCAACCGAAACCAUCAAAAAACCCAAAAAAGGGGAAAAGGAGCCCAAAACUAUAUCCAAACCAACCAAGCCUGUACUUGUCCUAAUACAUGGUUUUGCUGCAGAGGGAAUUGUAACCUGGCAAUUCCAAGUUGGUGCCUUGACAAAAAAAUACUCUGUUUACAUCCCUGACCUUCUCUUCUUCGGUGGCUCAGUCACCGACAAGCCGGACCGGUCGCCGAAGUUUCAAGCGGAGUGUUUAGUUACUGGUUUAAGGAAGCUGGGGGUGGAGAAGUGUAGAGUGGUUGGGUUUAGUUAUGGAGGGAUGGUGGCUUUUAAGAUUGCAGAGUUGUAUACUGAUUUUGUUGAAGCCAUGGUUGUUUCUGGAUCAAUCUUGGCUAUGACUGACUCCAUUAGUGAAUCUACACUAAGUAGUAUCGGAUUCACUUCUUCUUCUGAGCUUCUUCUGCCUUCUUCUGUUAAAGGUCUUAAGGCACUUCUCUCUGUUGCUACUUACAAAAAGCUCUGGUUCCCGGAUCGGCUUCACAAAGAUUUUCUUGAGGUGAUGUUCACUAACAGGAAGGAAAGAGCAGAAUUGCUGGAGGGUUUAGUCAUAAGUAACAAGGACGAAACCAUUCACAGUUUCGCACAAAAAAUCCAUCUCUUGUGGGGGGAAAAUGACCAGAUUUUCAACCUCUCACUUGCACAAAACAUGAAAGAGCAGUUAGGAGACAAUGCAAGCUUUCAAGGCAUAAGGAAGGCAGGGCAUUUGGUUCACCUGGAGCGACCUUGCGUCUACAAUAGGUGCCUCAAGCGGUUCCUUGCUUCCAUGUCAUAGAUUUGUACUCCAAAAAGAUGCAUGUAAGACCAAACAUUACAACUUAUUACUUGUAAUCUGAAGCAAUAUUGCUCCCCUGUUGUGAAGUUGGAAAUGAAAACUUCUUCUGUCGUUGAUUUUGUUAGAAAUAUAAAAUGUCUCGCCCUAAUUAGCUAAGA